GCUGGGCCGCCCGUGUGUGUGUGUCUGUGUGUGUGUCUGUGUGUCGUCGCCUGUGUCGCCCUGUGCCCCCUGGAUGUCGUGUAGAGCUCGCCCGGCUGUGAUGUGACCCGCGCGCCGCCGCCGCCGCCGCCGCUAGCCACCAUGCCCAGGUGCUUCAUGGCUAAGAAGGCCGGGGGGCGCCACUCCCCAUACCCACCACCCCCUAUGCGGGACCGCUCGCCGCCCCCCGCGGACUGGCCGCCCCGAUCGCCACCCGCGGGGGAGACGGCCCCCUCGCCGCCGCCCACCGCCGCCCACUACCCACUGAACCUCCACAUCUCCGCGCCCCCGCCCUACUAUACCCCUGCCCCGCCGCUUGAACUGACCCGGCCGGACUACCACCUCUACCCAGCGUCGCCCCUCGACGACUACCACCAUCACCUGCACCACCACCAUCACCACCACCACCUGCCGCGACCCAAGCUGGAGGUGGGCGAGGAGGAGCGGGUGGUGGAGGUGCAUAUACCGGAGGUGGCUAGGCCGGACCCCCACAGACCACCACCACCACCACCACCACCACCACCACCCCCCCUUCACCACCACCACUACCAGCAUCAUCCCGUUACUCUCAUAUACAACGGUAAGUAUUCUUGCGCGCGUAAGUUAAAGUCGACUUAA